AUGGAAGAUGUGUCGUCCUUGGUGUUCGACUUCUUCAUGGAACGGCACAUCAUUCUCAAGGAAGAAUGGCUUUCAAAAAGAUGUCUCAAGGACCCAUUGCGGAUUGCCAGCUUAGUAUUUGAACAGUGGAAAUAUGCAGACUUGGAAGAUUCCACCUAUCCUUUAUUAAAGCAACUUUCUAUAAGUCAAGACACCAAGAAACAGCUCAUUACCCAUCCCAUAGUCCUGCAGAUUAAUUCUGUUGUGGACAUUGGAGCUCCAUGCCAUUCUCAGUUCAGUGCAUUAGUUUAUGAAUUUGUGGAUGAUACCGGUUUUGAACCUUUACCUGAAAUGGAACGAGGACAAGGUCUGGAGAAUAUUGAUGCAAAACCUCGUCGAAUGCUACAAUUCACA